AUGGGAUCUGUAUCACGUGCAACCGAUAAAGGCGGCCUCAUCUGUUUAAUACCCUUGCCCCCCGCGCGUCUACUCUCCUCCGCCCACUCGCUAGCCGCCGGUUCCCCCUUCCGCACCGACCUGUGCGCCACUCCGCCAAGCGCAGCGCGCGCUCCCCCCCGCAGGCGAAGGGCGUGGCGCGCAGCUGCUGCAGAGGGCGCGGGCGAGGCAAAUGCGGGGGCGGCGCCGCUGGUGUCCGCCGCAGGCGAUGGCGCAGUGAGGGCGGGUGAGUGGCAGUGGGGGAGGGGGGGGGUUGCGGUCUCCGCCACACGCUCCGGUCUCUUCCGCUCGCCAGUAUCCGGAGGGGUAGAGAGCGCCACGAGCGCCCACGGCCUACCCGCGCCAGCAGUGGCGGUGCGCAAUCUGGUGGAGCAGGCGCAGUACGCGCAGCUCUGCUCCAUCAUGUCCCGCUCGCACCACCGCCGCAAGGGGUACCCCUUUGGGUCGCUCGUUGACUUUACCACUGACGCUGACGGCCGUGAACCCCGUGUUCCUGCUCUCUCCACUGGGCAUGCAUUCGCGCAACCUGCAGUCGGACCCGCGCUGCACCGUGGUGGUGCAGAUCCCAGGGUGGAGCGGCCUUGCAAUGCCCGCGCCACCAUCUUUGGGGACCUCUACCCCCUGCCGCCCAGCCAGCAGGAGUGGGCGCGGGGCUUCUAUGUGAAGCGGCACCAGCACGGGGCAGCGCAGCAAUGGGGAAACUUCCACUUUUACCGCAUGGAUACCAUCUGUGACAUCUAUUUUGUGGGGGGCUUUGGCACGGUGGCGUGGAUAGAUGUGGCUGAGUAUGUGGCUGCCACGCCUGACACCGUGGCCACCAACCACGUGGAGCACACACUGCAGGAACUCAACGAUCGGCUGGGAGCCGAUCUAAGGGCAGUGCUGGCGGGGUCGAGCCCCCAGCAGGCCAUCGACGACGCUUCGUUUAUCAGCAUCGACAGCAAGGGGGUUGACAUCCGCGUGCGGCAUGGUACUCAGUUCCACGUGCAGCGCCUGUCCUUCACCACAUCAGACGCAGUGGACUCACUGCCAGCAGCAGAGGCAGCGCUGCGCCGCAUCCUCGCCUGCCCCUCGCCCGUGCUCCCCAACGGCACCCCCCUGCUCUGA